AUGGAGCAGGACUUAGAAGUGUUUCAGGAACAAGCUGUCACUAAAACUUCUGCAUGUGAAACUGAACUUCCGGAACUAGUGCAUCAAAUUGAUAUUGUGGUAAACAGCAAGAAAGUGGAAUGGGAAAGGAAGAUGAAAGCUUUAGAAGCAAAGAUGGAUAUCCAGAAUCAAGAAUUAGCAAGUGCCCAAAGCGAACUGGAUCAAAAAGGUCAAGAGGUGAGAAUCCUUCAACAGAAACUGGAAGACUUACAGAAAACUAAAUAUGAAAUGGCUCAGAAUUAUGAAAUUCAGCUUCAAGCACUGAGAUCUGAGCUUUCAAAGUUGACACAUAGCUAUGAAAAGCUACGGUUACAUCAGUUAAAACAAAAAAAGGUUGAAAGUAGACAAAAAUGUGAGGGAAGGAUAGAGACACCAUCUGAACUGAGCAAUUUAUACAAGAAACUUCAGGAAUUUAAGGCAAAAUCAAGAGAAUGGGAUAAGAUGGGGACAAUCUGCCAAAAUUAUCUUGAUUAUUUAGAUGCUCAACAAAAAUUAUUGUCCAAGAAAUGUAAUUUAUUUCAGAAGCAGACCCAGAAUUAUCAAUUCCAAAUAAGCAGUAAGAAAUAUGAACAAGAAGAGGUAAUUACCUGUGACCAGCCCAAAAGUGAAAUGGAUGAGUUGAUGAUUGAAAAACUGAAGGCAACUGUGAAUGAAAUAGCAAUAAACAAGAAUAAACUAUAAGAGGAAAAUCUGAAACUCCGAGAGGAUCUAAAAAUGUACCAGAACCAUUGCCAGAACAUGGAGGCAGGCUUUUCAGAAAUGAGGAAUGAGCUGCAGUCGCGGGAUGCUCUCUGGAGAAAGAUACAACUGGAAUGCCAACAGAUGCAUACAGAACUACAGAAAACCAGGGAGUAUAAAGAUAUGCAGGAAAUGCAUCAGCCAUUUUGUGUACAACUUACUGAGCAACUAGAAAAUAAAAACACCAAGUUGUUACUAUUAGCACAAAGUCAAGAACGCCAGCAAGAAGAGCUAAAUGAGAUAGGAAACCAUGUUUAUCAAGAGGAGCAGUCCCAUCACUCUGAGAAGGAAAGAAUGAAGACAGAAAUCUCUGACCUGACAGAAGAGCUUCAUCAGGAGAUCACUAUAGCAACUAUCAUGGAGAAAGCUAGUCUUCUGGAAAGACAGUUAAAAAUGGAGUUGGAUAAAGACAAAUUGUUAGCAAAACAACAGUUCUUGGAUUCCAGAUAUAAAGUUAUGAGCUCUGAAAACACACAUCUAAAAGAGAUGGUGGAAACCCAGGUGUGUAAAAGUUGCACGAGUGUAGAUUUAUGUAACAAACAACAUGGAAAUUUCACAUCUUCCAUUCACAAACCGGAACAUGAGAAUGUAAGAUUACAAAGUAGUCUUGUUAAACUUCAAAAUGAUACAGAAACAUCACUGCUGGGUCGCAUGGGUACAUAUGGAGAAACAGAGCACAGCUACCAAACCCACUCAAAGAUGAAAGAAAAGGAAGAGAGAACUUCCCAAAAGCAAGUUGCAUGGGAAAUGGAAGGUCAACAGACUGCUGCGUUCACAGGAUACCACAGAAACCACAGUCCUGCUUUAUAUGGCCAAGGCAGUAUCACUGGUUCAAAAAGUGAUAAGUAUCCUUUGGGCUUCAGUGGGACGUUUCCUGAAGAGGGCAGAAGAGGCAGUUUACUGAGCCCUGCUUACAAUGCAGAAGAAAUCAAAUUAUCGUCCUCCCCAGAGAUGUCCUUCCUUGCAACAGCAGAAAAGUUCCUUCAAGAGGAAGAGAAACACACAAGAGAGUUUGAAGAACGUUUAAAUUUGCACCUUGAAGAACUGCAAAGACACUCUGAAAAUACCCUCCAAAGAUAUGCCAGGUUACAGCAAAGCAGACACACUUAA